AUGGCAGACACUACCCCCUUCCCGCCCGUGAUUGACGCCAGGCCUACACUGGCUCCCUUCCUCGUUGCUGCCCUGGCCGCCAGCAUCCUUCUCUACCUCAUUUACCGCUGGGCGCUCCCCAGGCCCAUCCCAGGUAUCCCGUAUAACCCAUCUGCCACACGCUCCAUCUUCGGAGACAUACCUGGCAUGCUAGAUUACAUUUCCAAGACCGGCCGAAUCUGGCCAUGGAUCACUCAGCAAACCACAACCCUACAGUCACCAAUUGUUCAAAUCUUUGGCCGUCCCUUCUCAAAGCCAUGGGUCAUCAUAUCCGACUUCCGCGAGAGCCAGGACAUCUUGCUCCGACGUCACAAAGAAUUCGACCGCAGCGAGGUCACCCGGGACACCUUUUCCGGCCUCAUACCCGAAAUGCACAUCGGCAUGAAAUCGUCCGAUGAACGAUUCAAAGCCCAUCGACAACUUCUUAAGGAUCUCAUGACACCGGCCUUUUUGCAUGAGGUCAGCGCUCCUCAGGUCUACGCGAGUGUCGAGGCUUUGGUCAAAUUGUGGGAUUUGAAAUGUCAAUUGGCCCCAGGACACCCAUUCCCAGCUGCCAGAGACAUAUACAACGUCACACUCGACUCCAUCUUCGCUGCUACUUUUGGCCUCGAGGUCCGGAACAGUGGAACUACCUCACAAGUGCAUUGUCUUCUCGAUUACAAGACCGGUGGCAAGCAACUAGACGUGCCCAAGUCUCCCGAUCACCCGAUUGAUUUCCCCACCGCUCCCCGCCCCGCAGGCUUCGAAGCCAUCAUUCAAUUGACAGAGUCCCUCGAGGUCGCGGUCAAGUCUCCAUGUCCUCGAAUUGCUCAUUGGUUCGUCCGCAAGCUGCCGUUCUAUCGGGCAGCAUCGGCUCAGAAAGAAAAAGUCAUCUCUGAAAGUAUAGAAAAGGGUGUUCGACGAUUCACCUCCGGCGACAAAGUCAAGCGAUCGGCCAUGGACGACAUUCUGCACCGCGAACUCACCGCGGCAGAGAAAGAAGGACGAAAACCCGUCUACCACUCCCGCGCCAUCUACGACGAGCUCAUGGGCUUCAUCGUCGGCGGCCACGACACCACAUCCGCCACCAUGUCAUGGACACUAAAGUACCUCGCCGGCUACCCCCAAGCACAAUCAACCCUCCGCUCACGCCUUCGCACCGCCUACGUAUCCGCAGCAGCUGACCACCGCAACCCGACCGUCGAAGAAAUCACCAAGAUCUCCGUACCGUACCUCGACGCGACCAUCGAAGAAAUGUUCCGCGCCGCAUGUAUUUUCCCCGGCGUCGCGCGCAACGCCACAGUCGACACGACGGUCCUCGGCCACGCGAUUCCCAAGGGGACCGACGUGUUCCUCUUCCAGACGGGGCCCGGCUUCUUUUCGGCGCCGUUCCCCAUACCAGACUCCCAGCGCAGUGAAUCCAGUUUGAAUGCCAGGUAUCAAGUCGGCUCCUGGACGCCCGAGGCCGAAGAUAUGACGGCGUUCCGGCCAGAGAGGUGGCUCGUCAAAGAUGAGAACGGCAAUGAGGCUUUUGACGCCAUGGCCGGGCCGCACUUGGCGUUCGGCCUAGGUCCAAGAGCCUGUUUUGGUCGUCGUCUCGCGUAUCUUCAGAUGCGUAUCAUUGUGGUCAUGAUCGUCUGGAACUUUGAGUUGAAACCAACUCCUGAGGCGUGGAGCUCGUGGGAGGCCGUGGAUAAGUUGACCACUCAACCGAGGCAGUGCUUUGUGAAGUUGGAGAGGUUGGAGGUCUGA